AUGAAUAUUUAUAGACUCAAUUAGAAGCUCAGACACAUAAUGGAAGUGUUUGAUAUCAUCUAGAGAGAGUAUUGUAUAUAUUAAAUUCUAGUCAAUUGCAAACUUUAAAUGGGUGUUAUUUAGGGAUUCAUUAAGAUUAUAUGAUUCAUUAAGUAUUAAAAUUUCCUAAUCUCUUUGAUAUUAAUUAUGAUGAAUUAAAGUUAAAUAUAGUUAACUUUUUUUAAAUGUUGAAAGAACACAAUAUCACACCAAUAGUUAUUUUGUCAUCAUAAAUCCAUUAGAAAAUAAAUUCAAAGAUUAUAAUGAAAUGUUAAUCUGAAAAAAAUAAGUAAAUUAAUAAUCAUAUCAUAUUUAUAGAGCAUAAUUUNUUCCUAAUUAUAAUUAGAACAAUUAACUUAAGAAGAAGAUUAAUAUAAAACACAGAUAAAAGAGUUAGAAUAAGUUACAGAAGAUUAGAAAAAAGAAUUAGAAAAAGCUUAAAUUAAAUUUAAAGAUAUUAAUUAAGUUUAUGAAUAAAUAACAGAAAUUAAAUAAAUUUAUAAAAUAGGAAAUGAUUCAUUUGAAAAAGGAGAUACAGAAUUAUUAUCAUAAAACUAUGCCUAAAAACUUUAUAGAUAUAUAGAACAAUAAAGUAACAAAAAAAUUAAGAAUAAAUAUUUAAUAUUUUCUUCAAAAAAGUCUGGAUUAAAUUCAAAUACAUUUUUCAAUAGUAUAAAUAAAAAGUCUAAUUUGUUGAUGAUAUUUAAAUCAUAAACUUAAUAUAUUUUUGGUGGAUAUUCACCUUGUUAAUGGCUUAAAUGUAAUGGAUUAUACCAUCCUGACGAAACAUCAACAUCAUUUCUAUUUUCUUAAACUUUAGGGGAAUUUUAUCCUCUUAAUUCAACUAACAAAAAUUAUGCAAUAUUUAUGAAUGAAUAAGAAAUUGGAUUUGGAUAUUAAGAUAUGAAAAUAAAUUAUCAGUAGCAAUUUUAGAAAGGAUCAUCAAAUUUAGGAUAUACAUAUACAAUUCCUGCAAACUCAACUAAUAUUAAUAGCCCAGUUAAAACAAAUUUAUUGUUUGGAUAAGCAGAACCAAGUAUCAAAGAUAUUGAAAUUAUCAUGUUAACAUUUGUUUGA